UGAGCGGCCGGGGCCACCGCCGGCAGCCACAGCUUCCUCCUCCGCCCGGGAUCUCUGGCCGGAAGCAGUCCGUUCGCCUUACUAGACCCCCUCCAAGCCUUUGAGCAGUUCGUGUGGAUCCGCCCCCAAGCUAGGGCUGGGCUGUUGCGCUUGCGCCAGGGGUCGCGUGCAGUCACGCGCCGCCGACCGCUUCCGGUGCGCCGCGAGGGCCGCCGGGACGGGUCUCCCUGGCGAUCCGUGGUGUGCCGCUGCUGCCGCUGCAGCCGCCAAACCGGUUUCUCGGUGACGACCGUGUCCCUGCUGUCUUCCUCGAGCUCCCCGGGGCUUGACCCCCGGGGCCCUCGGCAGGCAUCGGUGAGAAGCCUGCGGAGCGAACCUGUGCUCCUAUACUUGCCCUUCACGACCCCAUAUCGCGACUCCGAGGAGGGGAAGCGAGAGGGGCUGUCGCGACUCCGCGCCGUGUGUCGCCGGGCGGGGCCGCGGGGCCGGGGCUCCUCCAGCCCCCGGGAUGCGCGCGCGAGCCCUCGCCUCCACUUGCUUGUUGCUGCUGUCACGACUGGAGCCGCCUCUCGCCGACAGCGGGGAGCGCGAGUGCGCCAGCCAUCCCCCUCGUCGAGCCGCCGGGCCAAGCGCCUCCGGGAAUGUGAGCGGCGCGGCUUGCACGCUCCUCCGGCCAUGGACGCAUCAUAUGAUGGUACUGAGGUAACUGUCGUGAUGGAGGAAAUUGAGGAAGCCUAUUGUUACACCUCUCCUGGGCCACCCAAGAAGAAGAAAAAGUAUAAAAUACAUGGAGAAAAGGCCAAGAAACCCAGGUCUGCUUACCUUCUGUACUAUUACGACAUCUACCUGAAAGUGCAGCAAGAGCUCCCCCACCUCCCUCAGUCUGAGAUCAAUAAGAAGAUUAGUGAGAGUUGGAGGCUUCUCAGCGUGGCCGAGAGGAGUUACUACUUGGAGAAAGCCAAACUAGAGAAGGAAGGUUUGGAUCCUAACUCUAAGCUGUCUGCACUGACUGCUGUGGUUCCGGACAUCCCAGGUUUCCGCAAGAUCCUCCCACGCUCAGAUUAUAUCAUCAUCCCCAAGAGCAGCCUGCAGGAGGACCGGAACUGCCCUCAGCUAGAGCUAUGUGUGGCUCAGAACCAGAUGUCCCCGAAAGGACCUCCUCUUGUGUCCAACACUGCCCCGGAGAAAGUGCCCAGCCAUGCAGGCAUGGCAGAGCAGUGCCUGGCUGUGGAGGCCCUGGCUGAGGAGGUGGGAGCCCUUACCCAGUCAGGUGCUGUACAGGAGAUUGCCACCUCAGAGAUCCUCAACCAGGAUGUGCUCCUAGAGGACGCUUCCCUAGAAGUAGGGGAGAGCCACCAACCUUACCAGACAAGCCUGGUAAUUGAAGAGACCUUGGUGAAUGGCUCACCAGACCUCCCCACUGGAAGCCUGGCUGUGCCCCACCCCCAGGUUGGGGAGAGUGUAUCAGUGGUAACAGUCAUGAGGGAUUCCAGUGAGAGUAGCUCCUCUGCACCAGCCACACAGUUCAUCAUGUUGCCUCUGCCUGCCUACUCGGUUGUGGAGAGCCCCACCUCCAUCAAACUGACCACUACAUAUACCCGCCGGGGCCAUGGGACAUGCACCAGCCCAGGGUGCUCCUUUACAUAUGUCACCAGGCACAAGCCACCUAAGUGCCCUACCUGUGGUAACUUCCUAGGAGGGAAGUGGAUCCCAAAGGAAAAGCCAGCCAAAGUAAAAGUGGAAUUGGCUUCUGGCGUCACUUCCAAAGGCUCUGUGGUGAAAAGAAAUCAGCAGCCUGUCACCACUGAGCAAAAUUCCUCUAAGGAAAAUGCCUCCAAACUGACUCUGGAGAAUUCGGAAGCUGUAAUGCAGCUCCUGAACGUAGCUCCUCCCAGAGAAGUAGGUGAGGAGAGUGAGUGGGAGGAAGUGAUCAUCUCCGAUGCCCAUGUUUUGGUUAAGGAAGCUCCUGGGAAUUAUGGUACAGCAGUCACUAAGACGCCAGUUGUCAAAAGUGGUGUGCAGCCUGGGGUCACUCUGGGGACAACUGACAAUGACAGUCCUGGAGCAGACGUACCAACACCAUCCGAGGGGACAAGUACCUCCAGUCCACUCCCUGCUCCUAAAAAACCUACAGGAGUUGACCUGCUUACCCCUGGGUCCAGAGCUCCAGAGCUUAAAGGCAGAGCACGGGGCAAGCCCUCAUUACUGGCUGCAGCAAGACCCAUGAGAGCAAUUUUGCCAGCCCCAGUUAAUGUGGGGCGAGGCAGCAGCAUGGGACUGCCCAGGGCCAGGCAGGCCUUUUCCCUGAGUGAUAACACUCCCUCUGUGAGGACUUGUGGUCUGAAGCCAAGCACACUGAAGCAGCUGGGCCAGCCCAUUCAACAGCCAUCUGGCCCUGGUGAGGUGAAGCUACCAAGUGGUCCAUCCAACAGGACUUCUCAGGUGAAAGUUGUGGAGGUCAAGCCGGAUAUGUUUCCUUCAUAUAAGUACAGCUGCACUGUCACAUUGGAUUUGGGCCUGGCUACAUCAAGAGGCCGGGGAAAGUGCAAGAAUCCCUCUUGUAGCUAUGUCUACACCAACAGGCACAAACCUCGGAUUUGUCCCAGCUGUGGUGUUAACCUUGCCAAGGACCGGACUGAGAAAACCACCAAGGCUAUCGAGGUGAGCCCACCACUCCCAGAUGUACUGAAUGCCACAGAGCCCCUGAGCACAGCCCAGAGGGAGAUCCAGCGCCAGUCCACACUGCAGCUGCUGCGCAAAGUCCUGCAGAUUCCUGAGAAUGAGUCAGAGCUGGCUGAGGUCUUCGCCUUGAUUCAUGAACUCAACAGCUCUCGACUUAUCUUGUCCAACGUGAGUGAGGAGACAGUCACCAUCGAGCAAACCUCUUGGUCGAAUUAUUAUGAGUCUCCGUCCACGCAGUGCCUUCUCUGUAGCAGCCCAUUAUUCAAAGGGGGACAAAACUCCCUGGCUGGGCCCCAGGAGUGCUGGCUGCUGACAGCCAGCCGUCUGCAGACAGUGACUGCCCAGGUGAAGAUGUGUCUGAACCCCCAUUGUCUGGCCCUGCACAGCUUCAUAGACAUCUACACAGGUCUCUUUAACGUGGGGAACAAGCUGCUGGUAAGCCUGGACUUGCUUUUUGCAAUCAGAAACCAGAUCAAGCUCGGAGAGGACCCCAGAGUGUCUAUCAAUGUUGUUCUGAAGUCAGUGCAGGAGCAGACAGAGAAGACUCUGACCUUGGAGGAGCUGAGCCAGCUGCAGGAGCUGCUGUGCAAUGGCUAUUGGGCCUUUGAGUGCCUCACUGUCCGAGACUACAAUGACAUGAUCUGUGGCAUCUGUGGUGUGGCCCCCAAAGUGGAAAUGGCUCAGAGGAGUGAAGAGAAUGUGCUAGCACUGAAUAGCGUAGAGUUCACCUGGCCUGAAUUCCUGGGCUCUAAUGAGGUAAAUGUGGAGGACUUUUGGGCCACAAUGGAGACAGAGGUGAUUGAGCAGGUGGCAUUUCCUGCCAGCAUCCCUAUCACCAAAUUUGAUGCCUCUGUUAUUGCCCCCUUCUUCCCACCACUCAUGAGAGGAGCUGUGGCCGUCAACACUGAGAAAGACAAAAACCUGGACGUGCAGCCAGUACCUGGCAGUGGCAGUGCCUUGGUGAGGCUGCUCCAGGAGGGCGUCUGCAAACUUGAUGAGAUUGGCUCCUACAGUGAAGAGAAGCUGCAGCAUCUGCUAAGGCAGUGUGGAAUCCCCUUUGGGGCAGAAGACUCCAAGGACCAGCUCUGCUUCUCCUUGUUGGCCCUCUAUGAAUCUGUACAGAAUGGAGCUAGAGCUAUACGGCCCCCACGUCACUUCACAGGUGGUAAAAUCUACAAGGUGUGCCCCCAUCAGGUGGUCUGCGGCUCCAAGUAUCUUGUGCGAGGUGAGAGUGCCCGUGACCAUGUGGACCUGCUUGCCUCUUCCCGCCACUGGCCGCCUGUCUAUGUGGUAGAUAUGGCCACAUCAGUGGCCCUGUGUGCUGACCUCUGCUACCCAGAGCUGACCAACCAGAUGUGGGGGAGGAACCAGGGCUGUUUCUCUAGCCCCACGGAGCCACCUGUGAGUGUGUCCUGCCCAGAGCUCUUGGACCAGCAUUAUACUGUGGACAUGACAGAAACUGAGCACUCUAUCCAGCACCCAAUCACCAAGACUGCCACACGGCGCAUCGUCCAUGCAGGCAUACAGCCCAAUCCUGGUGACCCCAGUGCUGGACACCACUCUUUGGCCCUGUGCCCUGAAUUGGCACCCUACGCAACCAUCCUGGCCUCCAUCGUGGACAGCAAACCAAACAGUGUCCGCCAGCGGCCCAUUGCCUUCGACAAUGCCACUCACUAUUACCUCUAUAACCGCCUCAUGGACUUCCUCACCAGCCGCGAAAUUGUCAAUCGUCAGAUCCAUGACAUUGUACAGAGCUGCCAGCCUGGUGAGGUGGUUAUUCGUGACACCCUCUACCGCCUUGGGGUUGCUCAGAUCAAGACAGAGACAGAGGAGGAGGGUGAGGAAGAGGAGGUGGCCACAGUGGCAGAAUAAGCCAGGCUGUUGUACAGGGACUAUACCAUCUCUCAAGCCAUAGUAAGGCCCUUGCCUGAGGCAGAGCUAUCCAGGCGACCUGCAGAAGUGGUCUCCUGUGGGGAGGGCCUCUGACUGCUGGGACUGACCAAAGAGCUUCCAUUCCCUGAGCAUGGUGGGACCCAGGGUCCUCGGUUCUCAACCCUCCAGGGGUCAGGAGUGGUGCCAGGAAACCUCUUCUGGCCCCGAGAGAGCACUUGGGGGACACGGUAUGUUUAAUGGAGGGAGGGGAGGCUGAGGGAAAGGCUGGUAGCUGGUGGGUUCCGUGGGGCUUGCUGUGGGUCAGGGUGGAGGUCCUGGGUGGGCUAAGGCGUGAGCCCUAGCACUAGGUGGGAAGGCUGCUGAGGUCCAUCCCACCCCUGAGGAGUCCUGGUUUCAGCCCCCUCAGUCUCAUGAAUUGCUUAGCCUGUUGCCUUUGAUUAGGGGCCUGGGUGGCCUCAUUAACUCUAGGGGUCCCUUUGAGCUCUUGAUUCUCCCUGAAGGAGGGAUGCAUUUCUCUCUUGCUCUUCCUGUACCCACAUUUGGGGGAAGCUGAGGAGGGAGGAACAGUCAGCCACAGCUCUCUUCCAGCACUGUCCUCUCCACCCCAAGCUUUGAGGAAGAGCAUCCCCUUCCUCCUUUCCCUGGCCACUGCUGCUGCAGCCAAUAUCCUCUCUUGGCCUGGGACCCUCUCCACAGAGGGGAUGUGGUCCCUGGUCAUGACAUAACCUAGCAGCAGUAGGAAAAACUCCCUUCUGUGAAGGGGAAGCAGACUGGGCCAUAAGGAAACAGCAGGACUGGCUCAAGUGCCCAAGGUUUGUUUAGGGCCUGGGAAUUGGCCAUGUGUUAAUUUAUUGAGUGGAGUAGGUGGCUUUUUUUCCCCUCCCUCUUCCCCCAGCAAGAAUAAAGUUUAUUAAAUUA